CAAAAAUAACGCAGAGAAAGACCUGAACGCAUUUACUUCAAUCAAAUCGUUUCCAUUUCCCAACUCAAUCCAUUCAUCACUGCCACCAUUAACAUUCAAUUCAUUCAUUAACCUUGCACCAGUUUCGCUCUCACGUGCCACUCACAUGUCCUCUCUAUCUUCGCACCUUCUCAAAAUAAAACACAACUAUUUUCAUAUAUAACGCAAAAGCUCACACACACUUGACACUCCUCCACUCUUAACGUCGUCGUUUCAAACAUUAUGGAUACAGUUACACCACCGUCAGUUACACCACCGUCAGUUACACCUCCGUCACUUCACCGUUCUUCUCCGUUACAGAAUAUCAGUCCCAGCAUUCUCAUUAUCGUUACGAUUCUCGCCAUCACCGUUAUCGUUUCCGUUGCUAUCUUUUUCCUUCUCCGCCACCUCAACUGCAACCGUCUCCACCGUGUCGCCUCCGAUCGAUAUCCUACUACAUACACUGUAUCGCAUCCGAGCCACUGGAUCUCUCCGGAGCUACGUCCUUCAGUCAUUGACGCCUUGCCGCUGUUCCCGUACUCCUCUGUAUCUCGCCGAUCUUCCACUGUCACCGCCGCUGACUGCGCCGUAUGCUUAUCGAAGUUCCGAAACAGCGACCUCCUCCGUUCUCUACCUCUCUGUUUGCACGCAUUCCAUGCUGAAUGUAUAGACACGUGGCUCAGUUCGAAUCUAUCCUGUCCGCUCUGUCGCUCUUCCAUUUUUACUUCCGAUUCCGACCUCAACAAGAUUCUCCGAUCAACUUCUUCCGAUAGUUUUCCUAUCGAAAUAGGAAACAUAAGCCGGCGAAGACCGGAAUCCGUCUCCGUCUCCGUCAUCGAAAUAGAAACCAAUGCGGAAUCCGUCAAUGACGGAAGAUCGUAUUCCAUUGGAUCAUUUGAGUAUUAUGUAGAGGAGCCAUCGGAAGUUCUAUUCACUCAAGAUCACCGGAGAAGUAUCUCCGAUCAGAAAGAUAUUCACAUUCCAGUACUCCCUGCGAAUCCUCCAAUAUCACAUGAAACGUUAGAGACCGUCACUGGAAAUACCGGAAGUGGAUACUGGCUGAAGGAGUACAUGGACAGGCUUUCGGCUUCUAUAUCAUCGCGAACGGCGUCGUUUCGUAGCUCCGGUAGGUUCUUCGGUGGUGGCGGAAGUAGUCGGAGAAUUGAGCCGGUGGAUUAUGACGUGGAAGGUAACAGAAUUGGUGAAGAGAUUACCGAAAUGUUUAGUUGGCUUUCGUCAGGGGUAUGAUUGUUAAUUCACAUUAAUAUUUAGGUUUUAUUUUCAUUUUUAUAGUUUUUACUUUAUAUAUUUUCCAUUUAGAUUAAUAUAGUGGAUGGAUGAUUAUAUAUGGUUAUCUCUUUUCAACGAGUAAAGGUUUUUCUGAUUUUGAUUGGUAUUUACUGU